UUCAGCUAGUUCUCUCCACACUAGAAUCUCUCCAAGGUAUUUGCCACGUUCAGCUGUGCUCACAUCAUAUCGAAUGUUUUCUGAUGAAGAUGUGCAUCCUCAUCCUGUAAGCCACAGCGACAUUGAAAUCACCCGUUAUGAUGAUAAUACUGGUGUAGCAGAUCCACUGAGCUCAAGAUCUGGAAAUGGUUUUGUCACGUCUGAAGAAGAAGAGAAGGUUGAAUCAUCAAAGGGAUGCCUUAAUUCAACCACUCUGGAUGCAGAAAGGCCUUCAUGGACGUCUUCUGAGACUAUGUCAGAUCCGUAUCUGGUGCAAGUAACCAGAGUGGAAACAUACAUUAAUGACGAUGAGGAGGCAACGAGCAUCCAGAGAAGGUCAGGCGAACACGUGUCUAGAGAGGAAUCACUUCGUUUUUAUAAGGAUGAAGGCAAAAAAAAUAAUUUAAAUCAGCUGCCUGUUUUUGACAGCAGUCGUGAAGUAUCUGAGGAGGAAUUUAAGGUGCCUGAGAGUCUUGUUGAGCAAUCGCUCAAAGACACAUCGGUUCUGACCAGAGCGGACUCAUACGGAAGAAUCAACAGAUCGCUGGACUUCUCCUCUUCUCUGUCAGAUGAGUCUAAGACAGAACCACCAUCUGGAAGAUUGGAGACAGGACGAGGAGACUUGAGCUCAGAGGUAUCGACUUAUAAAAGUCACACAGAGAAGGACGACUCCAGACCAGGUGUGCAUAAAGACUACAGCAGCUGGAGACGCGUAGUUCCUCUGUGCACACCUCCACCUGCUUCUGAAUCAGUGACGACAGGUGGAGAUGUCUCGUCAAUUUCAGGUGAUCAACAGUCUCACCAAGAAGGGAAUUUGGGGACAGAUCCAGCAUCACCAACCGAUUCUCAAAAAUGUGAUUUCUUGAGUCCAGCAUCUCCAGACUCCACUGUUUUGUCAGGCUCAGGGAUUCAACCCGAGACAAAGGGUCUUUCGGAGACUGUUUUGGGACAGUCCCCAACUGACAGCGUGCCAGGUGCUCUUUCUGCUCCUUCAAAAGACAUCAAACAGGACACGCCUGUCUCUGAGAAGACCACAGAUGCCCUGUCCUCCCCGAAAACCACUAGACUCUCUGCGGCUACAUCCAGCGAGCGAUACCAGCUGCCCGCCCUGUUCAGCGGUCUACGGGUGUUGAAGAAAGGGGCGGUUGGAAACGAGAGGGAAACUGUUUCUGAAAUCAAACAGAGGGAUACAGACCGAGCGCUCCUGAGCCUUAAACAACAUGUCAACAAAGCCAAACUUGAACAACUAACUAGCACCAGCAUUCCAAAAAAGAAAAGUGAACUGAAAACUUUAGCUGAAAUCGACAGACUGUCGCAGAAAUUGACAAACAUUGAUGCCAUCCAGAAUGAAGAAAACUCAAACGCCCAAGAGGAUGUUGGUGACCCAAAAGCAGGAAAGGAUAGAGUGUCUGUGAGCAAAACCGAUGUUAGGGUCUCACAAAAUGACAGCAGCAAAGCUUCAACAUUUUCAGCAGAUUCAUCAUUUGAUGCCUUAAAGUCCAAAUUAUUCGGUUCUAAACCCGUGAAGAAAGAGUCUAUCGAUGUGUCGCUGGAUCUGGAUGCUGUGAAGAGGAAAAAGAAAAGUGAGAAAGAACUGCUGAGGUCAAUCUUUGAGAGACAGUUGAAUAAAUCUCCAGUCUCUGACAUCAAGAGUCCCACAGAGUCUGAGGCCACGUCCCCAUCAGAUGGUGAGGAUCGAACCCCUGGACGUCUCCAGGCCAUCUGGCCACCACCCAAAUGUAAAGAUGCGGAGGAGAAGGUCGGACUGCGCUACACUGAAGCAGAGCAUCAGGCCGCUCUCCUGCAACUGAAGAGAGAGAGUAAAGAAGAGCUGGACAAACUGCAUGCGGACUUUGAGCUGCAGAUCUUCCAGAUUCGCGGUGAACAUGCGGAGGUUGUGUCCCGUCUGGAGUCGGACAUCGCGAGGAUGCAGCGCGAGCAGGCGUAUAACUCCAUUAAGGAGCGCGGCGAGCUGCUGGAGGCGUGUGUGUCAACUGAGGAUGACGUGCCACCCAAAACCUUCCGUAACGUCUGCAUUCAGACUGACCGCGAGACCUUCAUCAAAACGCCCGAGGGUGAUGUCACCAGACCAUCACUCAACUCUAGCACCACCACACCCAAAAAACUAGACCUGGACUCCAUAACCAUGAGUUUGGGUGUUGGCCCCGGACCCCCUCCUCCUCCCCCUCUUCUGGGUCAGCCUUGUGCCCCUCCUCCACCCCCUCUGCCCGGUAGCUCUGCCCCCCCUCCUCCUCCACCCUUACCUGGAUUCACAUCUGGACCACCCCCACCUCCCCCCCUCCCUGGAGCUCCGCCUCCUCCUCCGCCCUUACCUGGAUUCACAUCUGGACCGCCCCCACCUCCCCCCCUCCCUGGAGCUCCGCCUCCUCCUCCACCACCACCAGGCCUGCCAGGAGUCCCCCCACCUCCUCCACCCAUGCCAGGCUCCGGCCUUCCUCCUCCACCUCCGGCUCUUGGGGGAUUUGGGUUCGGACAAGUGUCAGAUAAAGCGCCACGUAAGCCCGCCAUGGAACCGGCCUGCCCCAUGAAACCGCUCUACUGGACCCGAAUUCAGAUUCAGGACAAUAGUAAUGAUACGCUGUGGAAUUCUCUGGAAGAACCAGAUCUCAUAAACACCAAAGAGUUUGAAGAUCUCUUCUCGAAAGCCACCGUACAGCCAAAGAAGAAACCGCUGGCGGACACGUACGAGAAGAAGAAUAAAGCCAAGAAGAUUAUCAAGCUGCUAGACGGCAAGCGUUCUCAGGCCGUGGGAAUAUUAAUAUCCAGUCUACACCUCGAAAUGAAAGACAUUCAACAAGCUGUGCUGACUGUGGAUCAUUCAAUAGUUGAUCUGGAGACGAUUGAAGCUUUAUAUGAAAAUAGAGCUCAGAGAGAUGAACUGGAGAAGAUCAAGAAACAUUACGAGACGUCUAAAGAAGACGAGGUGAAACUCCUGGAUAAACCUGAACAAUUCCUGUACGAGUUAUCCCAGAUUCCUGAUUUUGCCGGCCGUGCUCACUGCAUCAUUUUCCAGUCGGUCUUUGUGGAUUUAAUGUCCUCUGUCCAUCGUAAGGUUGAGAUCAUCUCUACUGUGUGCAAGGCUCUUCUGAAGAGUGACAGUGUGAAGGAUGUUAUUGGUCUCGUUUUGGCUUUUGGAAACUACAUGAAUGGUGGAAACAGAACCAGAGGACAGGCGGACGGAUUUGGACUCGAGAUUCUUCCAAAGCUAAAAGACGUCAAGAGCAGGGACAAUCGUAUAAGUCUAGUGGAUUAUGUGGUGUCCUACUACCUGAGGAACAUGGAUGAGGUGAGGUCUACAGGUGAACAGUCCGUCUUUCUCAAUGAAAGGUCUUGUUGUUGUGAUUGUAGAGUAACCGUGUUGUGUUUUCAGAAUGCAGGAACCGAUAAGAGCGUUUUCCCGUUGCCUGAACCUCAGGAUCUGUUCCACGCCGCACAGGUGAAGUUUGAAGAUCUCGCAAAAGACCUUCGCAAGUUAAAGAAGGAGCUGACAGCUUGUGAGAAGGAGGUUCUGCAGGUGUGUGAGAACUCCUCUGAGGAACAUCUCCAACCCUUCAAAGACAAGAUGGACACCUUCAUCAGCACAGCACAAUCGGAGUAUUCAGCUGAAGACGAGCAUCUACAAGUGGCACAGAAAAGCUUCCUGGAAGUGGUGAAAUACUUUGGGCUGAAACCCAAGUCGGGGGAAAAGGAGGUUUCUCCAAACUACAUCUUCAUGCUGUGGUAUGAGUUCUGCAAUGAUUUCAAGAGCACGUGGAACCGUGAGAGUAAAAGCAUCUCCAAAGAGAGACUAAAAGAAGCUCAACAUACUGUCCAGAAAAUCACGGCGGACAAGAAAGUGGAGACAAAGAAGAUCAAUGCAAACAGUCUGAAAGAGCGACUGCGCAAGAAAGAAGCAGAUGUGUCUUCAAGCUGAGAGUAAAGACAAAUACAGAGACUGGUGAAAUCAAACGAAAUGGGCAAACAUCACAACAUCCAUCCACCCUGCUGGUGUUUCAUGAGUGGACAGAACAGUGUUUGUCAAUCUAUCAGUGUUCCUGUGUGUACUGACCCAGUAAAUUCCUGCAGAAUCUGUGAACGGCCAAGUCGAGGGUGCUGAGAACAUUACUUGUGUUUGUUUCACCAUACAGGAUAAUGAUGGUCUACUGUAGACUUGUGUUGAGGAUGCUCUUAGACCAGUUAGAUGAUCGUCUCCAUCUCUUCAAAGCAUCUGAUCUCAGAUCAGCAGUGAUGUGGGACCUUUUAGCUACAACACCAGGUGAACCGCACUUAAUACACUGAACCGAGAGCAGUGAAAUGAAGGAUCACCUGACCUCUGGUGUUUGAAACACUGGUUUGAGUUAGGAGAGAUUUCUUAAAAGUAGGUCACUUCUUAGAAGAAGUCAUUUACUGGCUAACGAAACAUUUGAAAUGUGUCAUCAAUAAGUCUUGAACCAAACCAACACCUACUGACAUGUCCAGAUAUCAAUAUCUGAUCAACAGUGCCUCAUUUAUGUCAUUGCCUAUAAUGAAAAACUAAAACGUCAUCCAGUAAACAGUUCCUGUAUUUUAGAAAACUUUCAAGGAAUAUUCCAGGUUCAAUACAAGUUAAGCUCAAUCGACAGCAUAUAUAUAAAUUUAAAUAUAAUACAGAAAUAAAUUUGACUCGUCCCUCCUUUUCUUUAAAAAAAAAAAUAAGAAGCAGCAAAAAUCUGGCUUUAGUGUGAUAAAAUCACGUACUAACCUUUUCUGUGUAAAGUUAUAUCCAAUUUUACAACUUUAUUGCCAUGGCAACAUAACGCUCUAAACCCAGUAGUCCUGCAAAAAUGACUAUUUCAACAACUUACAACAGCAUGCAUGUAAGUGCUUUUAUAAAAUUAUAAGCUUCACAUUUCUGCCUCUAAACCUCCAAAAAUUGGCCCCAUUGACUUCCAUUGUAAGUGUCUCACUGGAACACACAUUUGUGCUUUUAUAAAGAAAAGGAGGAACGAGUCGAAAUUAAUUUAUGUGGUGAUCAACAUUAUGAUACAAAUACUGUCGAUUAAGAUGAACUUGUAUUGUAUUGAACCCGGAAUAUUCCUUUAAGUGCUAACAUGAUCUUAUCUGUAUUUCUACAUGAACAGUGAACAAAUCACAUCACUCACUUGUUGAGAUUUCAAGCCCUUUGCUGUUUUAGUAGUUUUCAGCCUUGUUGUUGUUGUUGUUUUUCCAAACCUUUUUUUUUUUUGGCCAAAAUGAUACUUGAUUAAGUGUGAAGCACUUUGAAUGCACCUCAGUUAUGAUGUCUAUGCAAUAUCCUGUGUUUAAAAAAGUGAAGUGUGCAAGUCAUAUCCAUGCAGAAGACUUCUGAAGUCACAAUGACCUUUAUGAUGUAUGUUAUGAUGAGGAAUGCACUCAUAUUUACCCCUACACUGAGUAUAUAUAUUUUGACAUUUUUUUGUAAGUGCAAAUGUGUGAAUGACUUAAUAGAAGCCUGGUUUAAUAAGACAACAAAUGUCUUUAUAAAGGAAUAUAUACUGUAGUUUUCCAAAGUGCUGAGACGGUGUAGCCAACAGAACGAGUACUGUUCAAAAGCAUAUAUCUCCUCUCCCUAUUUGAACUAGUUUAUAACUGAUUAAUUAUUUACAUUUGUAUUUAAUUAUUUAAUGGCAAGCCAAAUGUGUUCAUGAGUGUCAGUAUCACAGGUGCAUUUGUGUUUUUAACAGAAAGUAGCACCAAUAUGAAAUUUUGUGUAUAAGACUUUAAUGACAUUGUGAAUUUCCUGAUUUUGUUGUUCUUUGAAAUUUUAUUCAGAUACUUUUACAUCAUUAGGUGCAAUAAAAUGUUUUUGGAUAUCAGCCUCUUCAAAAGACAAGAAUUCUCAAAAGUUCACAUGAAGAAAAGUGUCUUUGAUUUGUUUGCACAUUGUUAUUUUUAUGAUGAUAUGAAAAUAUUUCUUCAUGACAAAUGACAUUUUAAAUUGUAAAAUGUGCUUUUUGAAGGUUAUACGAGAACUCUGGCUUUUCCUAAUAACUCCCAAGAGAAAUGCUGCUUUUCAUAAUCACAUUUGACCAAUUUACUCAUUUAAUGUUAUACAUUGUUUUCUAAGAGUUAAUCGUUUUUGGUUCGUUAAAUGAUACGGUUUAGUUUCUCUGAGUAAAUGUUUUUCCUUUAAAGUUUAUAUAUAAAAAGUAAACUUUAAAUAGUUAAUAUUUGUUGUUCUUACUCUUGUUUCAUACUGUUAUCACCUCAGACAAGAUUGGAUGAAACUUUUGUUUCCCAGUAAAUGCCAAAUAAUCCAACAGGUGAAACCAGGAGAUGGAAAUGAGGUUAGUUUUGGAUAUUUGUGAAAAAGGGGAA